GUCUUUGUGUGCGAGGCAGCGCAGCCUGGCCGUUUGAAUGUGCUGCGAUUGGAAGGGACCAUUUCCAUGGACCAUCUGUCUCACUGGCCACCGACACAACAAAGGACCCAGGAUGGUGUUAGUACAUGUUGGAUAUCUGGUUCUUCCCGUCUUCGGCUCAGUUAGAAACAGAGGAGCACACUUCACCAGGCAUCAACACAGCCAUGCUACCUCCUGCCGACACUUUCACCUGGGUGCCCCCCAAGCACCCAUCCCAGCUGAGUUCCCUCUGGGACACGCCAGCCAGCCCCCCCAGACAGGCCUGGCCACCCACCUGCCCCCAGCACACCAUCCGCCCCUCACUGCCCUGCCUGCACCCCCCCAGUUCCAGGAUGUGCCAGGGCCUCCAUUCCUACCUCAGGCCUUACACCAGCAAUACCUCAUCCAACAACAGCUUCUUGAGGCGCAGCACCGCAGGAUUCUCCCACACUCCAGAAGAACCCAGGAUCGUGUUCCCCUGAAUCCUCACCGACUGCGGUCAGGCUAUGAGUACUCCCCUCCCCUCCAUGUUCCCCAGCCAAUCACACAGCAGCCGCGGUACCUGGCCGAGGGCACAGACUGGGAUCUCAGUGUAGACGCUGGCCUCCCUCACCACCAGUACCAGCUGCAGCAGCUCCCACAGCACUAUCAGCAUUACCUUGCCUCUCCCAGAAUGCACCACUUCCCCAGGAACACAUCCUCGGCACAAGUGGUUGUGCAUGAAAUCAGAAACUACCCCUACCCCCAGCUCCACCUGUUGGCAUUGCAAAGCCUAAAUCCUUCUCGGCAUGCCACCGCUGUGCGAGAAAGCUACGAGGAGCUGUUGCAGCUGGAGGAUCGCCUGGGCAGUGUCAGCAGAGGGGCUGUGCAGACAACCAUAGAAAGAUUCACCUUUCCACACAAAUACAAAAAGAGAAAGCCCCUGGAGUUGAAGAUAGGGGAGGAGGAGACAGAUGUGGAUGAGAAAUGCACCAUCUGUCUGUCCAUGCUGGAGGAUGGAGAGGACGUCAGGAGAUUACCCUGCAUGCACCUCUUCCACCAGGGCUGUGUGGACCAAUGGCUGGCCACGAGCAGGAAGUGUCCCAUCUGUCGAGUUGACAUCGAAACACAGCUGAACCCCGACAGCUGAUGAGCCAAGGCAGAGAUUUAAACCCCUGUCAAUCACUCCAGCGUGGUUCCUGCUUUCUUCCACCCCGGCCUGUGGGCCCCUCCCCCCUUUCGGGUGCUUUGCCAAAUGUCUCCAGACUUCAUGUGACAUCAUCACCCUUCUGACUCACGCUUUACUGAGCCAAGCCAGGAUUACUAACUGCACGAGAGGCUGCUGGAGACUCUCUAUAUAUAGAAGCACAUCCCUCCGGAAGCAAAAGACACGCAAACAAACACACAUCCAUACUCUCUCAUGUACACAGGGUUUACUUGUAGCUUGCUGGUCGUAAGUGGGGUGUUGUUACUGUUGUGGUGUUGUACCGUAGGGAGCCUGGGCUGCGUAGCAUGUUCUUAAAGCCAUGCCUUAAUGUCCUGAGAGUGGAAAACGCAUAAACCCACCGUGAGCUGGCUACUUUCUCUCUCUUUUCUCUCCUUCUCUCUCUAUAUUUCUCUCUUUUUCUCCCCACACAUAUUCAGUCAAAAAUGAAUAUUCUGCCACACAAGAAAGCUUAACAGAAACUACACGCUCUGACGCCAUGUUUAUCUACAGAUCAUUUGUGGUAGUAGUAGAGUAGCAGUAUCCAGCAAAGUGAUAUUUGGUGGUCUCUCGCCGCUGUUAAGGGUGAGCGCUAACUACGUGUUUCUUUCAGUCUCACCUGGCUUCUACUUUUCCGCAAUACCGUUGUACAUUAACUCGGAGCAGAUGGUGUCAUGUCAGUAGGCGUCUUUCACUGCUGCGAAGCCAAGCCAAGUGAUCGCGCUGUCGUGUGUUUAAAACUUAAAAUACGCAGGUAGAGAAGUGUUUUACCAAAAUGCAUUUUUGUCAUGGUGUAGCUUGACCUGACGCACAGGUUUAUGUGUGUGUGUGUGUGCGUGUGUGUGUGUGCUGUGCGCUAAAGUGUGGAGAGUGUGGUCUAACAGUUGUGUGGAUGUGUAAGAGAAGUCCAAAAGUGCAAAAUCUGAGUGUGUGUUAGGGGGUUCAAGGCAACACCUAGUAGUUUCUGUAGUUAGGUGAAUCACACGGCCACUGGAGUGCUUAUACUAUACAAUGCCAAAUAUGAAAUGAAAAAUAAUCUACAUAGAGGGCCUGUCUCCCAUCAUGCACUGAAGUGAUGGCGCGAGGUGGGAGUGAUAGAAGAUUUAGCUGCCCUUGUACCAUCUUUUACUGGCACAGGUGCUUUGGCUGAACAGUGUACUAAACUGCAUGUUUUAUUGUCGACUUGGGCUGUUAGCUUUGGUAGCGUUUCUUAAAACUU